AGUCAGAGAUGACAGCUUGUCCUGAUCGGGGACCACCGACCAUAUACAGAGCCGACCAGAAUGAAGGGAAGGGGCACAGAGAGAGUGGAGGGAGCCCUUGUGCCUGCCAGACGUGCAGAGCUCUGGGCAGUGUCCGCUCCCCACCUUCUGCCCCUGGUCUUGCACAAUCCUGACCAGCGGGGAAAGGGGCAGAAAUCUUGCCAGGUGUUUCAGCAAGAGUGCUGGCAAAUGCCUCAGCCUUCCCGGAUAUGGCAAAAUAUGAAUGACUCCACCCUGGGAGGGGCUAUGAGGCAGGUGGACCAUAAAUAGGGUUGCCCAGGCAGCCUCCGCACUCACUUCCCCGCUCAGCUGCUGUAGGGAACGCCAGCCAGCUCAGCCCUGAAGCCAUGCCCCUAGGUCUCCUGUGGCUGGGCCUCAGCCUGCUGGGGGCCCUGCACACCCAAGCCCAGGAUUCCACCCCCAACCUGAUCCCAGCCCCACCUCUGUUCAGGGUCCCGCUGCAGCCCAACUUCCAGCCUGACCAGUUCCAGGGGAAGUGGUACAUCGUAGGCUUGGCAGGGAAUGCAUUUAAGAAGGAAAAACAAGGCCAGUUUAAGAUGUACGCCACCACCUACGAGCUGAAAGAAGACCGCAGCUACAAUGUCACCUCCACCCUGCUCAGGGACGAGCGCUGUGACCACUGGAUCAGAACUUUUGUCCCAAGUUCCCGGCCCGGCCAGUUCACCCUGGGCAAUAUUAAGGGCUUCCCCGGGGUGCAGAGCUAUACCGUGCGAGUGGCGACUACCAACUACAACCAGUUUGCCAUAGUGUACUUCAAGAAGGUUUACAAGAACCAGGAGUACUUCAAGACCACCCUCUACGGUGCCUCCUGUCUCUCUGCUCCCAUCGCCCUCCUGUCAGCCUUUGCCCGGCUUGCAGCCCAGCUGUCCCCACCAGCCCAGACACCGGUAACAGGAGAGAGUCCAGAGACCCUUCUCAUGGCACUGCCCACCAGCUGCUCUCCGAAGCUGCACCUUGCCUGCUAAAUAAACACAUGCCCCAGUC